CCGUCCCGAGCGCGCCGCUGGGUGCCCUGCGCGGCGGCCGGGGCGAUGCCGCCUGCUGCCCGCUGAGGCCCCGAGCAUGGCCCGGUCGCUGACCUGGAGCUGCUGCCCCUGGUGCCUGACGGAGGAGGAGAAGACGGCCGCGCGGAUCGACCAGGAGAUCAACAAGAUCCUCCUGGAGCAGAAGAGGCAGGACCGCGGGGAGCUGAAGCUGCUGCUGCUGGGGCCUGGCGAGAGCGGCAAGAGCACCUUCAUCAAGCAGAUGCGCAUCAUCCACGGCAACGGCUACUCGGAGGAGGAGCGCAAGGGCUUCCGGCCGCUGGUCUACCAGAACAUCUUUGUGUCCAUGCAGGCCCUGAUCGAGGCCAUGGGCAGGCUGCAGAUCCCCUUCAGCAGGCCUGAGAGCCAGCACCACGCCAGCCUGGUCAUGAGCCAGGAUCCCUACAAGGUGACCACGUUCGAGCAGCGCUGUGCGGUGGCCGUGCAGUACUUGUGGCAGGACGCUGGCGUCCAGGCCUGCUAUGAGCGCCGGCGUGAGUUCCACCUGCUGGACUCGGCAGUGUACUACCUGUCCCACCUGGAGCGCAUCACUGAGGACGGCUACAUCCCCACGGCACAGGACGUACUGCGGAGCCGCAUGCCCACCACUGGCAUCAACGAGUACUGCUUCUCUGUGCAGAAAACCAAACUGCGGUCAGUGCCCAACUUGGUCCCUACCCCCAGCUGGCCUGGGGAAGGCUCUUGCAGAGGGGAUAAGGAGCUGGAUCCCUGAGGAGUGAAGAGGAGCUUGGGGUCCCAGGCUCCAAUGGGGUGACUCCUCCAGCCCCUGUUUGGUCAGGACUGGCAACUGGAGGGGCCUGGGCGAGGCCCCAGGGCCCCAGGAGAGGUGUCCUGGAGGAGGGACAUUGGUAUUGGGGUACUGAAGGAUGGAUAGGAGUUUACUAGUCCCAACCCUCAAGGGGCUGCCAGGGAAAAGAAAACAGAGACCGUGUGGUCAGGGCUAGGCCAGAGGGAUGACCUCCAGGCUUGGGGAGCUCGGGAGUCAUCUCUGGUCAAUAUCAGGAGAAGACUAGAGGGUCAGGGUAAGGCUGGAGGCAGGAGAGUCAGAAAGAGGCCGGAAGGGUUGGUGAGGCCGGGACAGUGGCUUGCACAUGGGAAUGACAGGAGGUCCAAGGCUUGUUGCAGAUGCAGGACAGGCAGGACUAGGCAGGUGUGGGAACUGGAACAGGAAGUAAGAACACUGCUUGGGAGCUCCUGUCACGGUCACAGUGGAGCCAACAGGAUGGGGGUGACGAGGUAAGACAAUGAAGCCACAGGGGUUGAGUUUCAGGGACCUGGGGACACCUGGAAGUGGCUGGAUGAAGGGUUGAGCUGAAGACAGAGUGAGGGGCCAGGGCAGGGCGUCAUUGCUGGGGUCAUCCAGCAAUGGUGGCCAAUGAAAGGGUCAAGGAGAGGAGCUCGAGUCUUCUGCUGUUUUGAUCAGCCCAGGGUCAAGAGCAGAAGUGGUAAUGUGGGUGAAAGGUUGGAAAGGUGCAAGGA